CGUCUAGUCCGUACAAAUCAACUUGUUUACAGUUUACAGCCAGACGUGGGGCGAAAAAGAGUAGAAACUGUCUCAGGAAUUUGUAAAUAAUAGUUUUUAGAACUUAUUUUAAAAAUAAUAAAAAUGCUAUCAAGAGCGAGCUUUGCAGUUCGGAUUUUAGGUCACAAUGUAAUGAAACAUACCAUUGGAUUGAGAGCUAUUUCAAAUUCAUUCAAUUUACCAGAAACUCACAAAAUGCUUCAAAAGACUUGCAGAGAAUUUGCUGAAAAAGAACUACAACCUGUUGCUGCCAAGAUUGACAAGGAACACAUAUAUCCUAAAGAACAAAUUAAAAAAUUGGGCGAAUUAGGUUUAAUGGCAAUCACUUUACCAGAAAAAGAUGGAGGUGCGGCUUUGGAUUACCUAGCUUAUGCUAUAGCUAUGGAAGAAAUCAGUAGGGGUUGUGCAAGCUGUGGUGUUGUCAUGAGUGUAAAUAAUUCAUUAUACUUAGGUGCUCUGCAAAAAUUUGGAAGUGCCCCACUUAAAGAAAAAUAUAUGAAACCUUUUGUAAAUGGAGACAGAGUUGGCUGCUUUGCAUUAAGUGAACCAGGAAAUGGCAGUGAUGCUGGAGCUGCAUCAACAUUGGCUGUGUUGGAUGGGGAUAGCUGGGUUUUAAAUGGAACAAAAGCUUGGAUUACAAAUGGUUAUGAAGCAGAUGCUGCUGUGGUUUUUGCUACAACUGAUAAGGCGAAGAAACAUAAAGGUAUCAGUUGUUUCCUUGUGCCAAAACCUAUAAAAGGGCUUAUUGGAAAGAAAGAGGACAAAUUAGGCAUAAAGGGAUCUUCCACUUGUAAUCUGAUAUUUGAAGAAUGCCGUAUCCCCAAAGAAAAUGUUAUAGGACAACUUGGUGAUGGAUUCAAAAUUGCUAUGACAACUUUGGAUGCUGGACGAAUAGGAAUUGCUGGCCAAGCUCUAGGAAUAGCUCAGGCUGCUCUUGAUUGUGCUAUUCAUUAUGCUGCCCAGCGACAAGCUUUUGGAUCACCUAUUCUCAAUUUACAAGCCAUUCAGAUGAAAUUAGCUGACAUGGAACUAAGAAUAGAAAGUGCACGUUUGCUGACAUGGAAAGCUGCAAUGUUGAAAGAUGCAAGACAAAAUUUCACAAAAGAAGCUGCACUAGCUAAGUUAGCAGCCUCUGAAGCAGCAACAUUUGUAUCCCAUCAGGCCAUCCAAAUUCUUGGUGGAAUGGGAUAUGUGUCUGACAUGCCUGCAGAAAGACAUUACAGAGAUGCUCGAAUUACUGAAAUAUAUGAGGGGACAAGUGAAAUUCAAAAGUUGGUUAUUGCCAAUAAUCUCAUCAAAGAGUAUGGACUUAAAUAAAAGAGAGUUUUAUAUAUCAAUUUUAUAUUUGUACAAAUAAAAAUAUUUUUUUCAAGCAUA